GGAGACUCACAUCCAGGGAUCGGACUAUAAUGGCGGCCGGCAAAUCCGUGCGCUGACACGAAACCCAAAACACCGUACCAGCCCGCUCAGGUGCCAGACUAUUUCGUGGGGUGGGGGGCAGGGCGACAUCGGAUCGCGACACGAACUGCGAAUAAAGGCGGAUUGAGGGGAAACAAUUGGCGACUUCUAGCAGGACUUUCCUAUUUUUAAAUAUGGAUGAACAGCCCGGCGGAGGAGGAGGAGGAAUGGCCGCCCAGCGACAGCAGCAGCAACCCGCACCGCAGCAGGGCAACAACAGCAUGAAUCCCCAGAUCGCCAGCGCAGGAGGAGCACCGAUGGUCCAGCAACAGCAGGACGAGAUGCCCAGGCCCCAACAAUACACCAUCCCGGGGAUUUUACACUACAUUCAACACGAGUGGGCCCGUUUUGAAAUGGAGAGGGCGCACUGGGAAGUGGAGAGGGCCGAACUCCAGGCUCGAAUAGCGUUCCUCCAAGGAGAGAGAAAGGGUCAAGAAAAUUUGAAGAAUGACCUCGUUAGAAGAAUAAAAAUGUUAGAAUAUGCAUUAAAGCAAGAAAGAGCAAAAUACCAUAAAUUAAAAUAUGGGACAGAACUAAAUCAAGGUGAAGUGAAAAUGCCUAGCUUUGAAUCAGAAGAUACCAAAGAUACAGAGGUCUCAGCUAUACCUCAGAACAGUCAGUUAACAUGGAAACAGGGCAGACAACUCCUCAGACAAUAUCUUCAGGAAGUAGGUUAUACGGACACAAUAUUAGACGUUCGGUCGCAGAGAGUGCGGUCAUUACUUGGGCUGUCUGGCUCUGAGCAGAACGGUUCAGUGGAAACCAAGAACCUAGAGCAAAUUCUCAAUGGAGGAGAGUCUCCAGCCAAAAGAAAGGGACAAGACAUGAAAAGGAAUCCAGAGGUUCUGGAGACAUUUAAUUUUUUAGAAAAUGCUGACGAUAGUGAUGAAGAGGAAGAUGAAGAGGGCGAAAUAAUGGAGGACGUACCAGACAGGAGUGAUAAAUGCAGGAUAAAAAAACAUAAAAUUAAGGUUGGAAAUGAAGGUUUGGCUUCUGACUUGCCGGAUGACCCCGACACAGAGGAGGCACUAAAGGAGUUUGACUUCUUGGUAAAUGCGGAGGAUGGAGAAGGUGCCGGUGAGGCUCGGAGUUCAGGAGAUGGCACAGAGUGGGCUGAGCCUCUGCCAUUCACGCCUGGUGGGGGCAAGUCCUUUAUCAUGGGCUCUGAUGACAUGUUGGAAAGUGUGUUGGGCCUGGGAGACCUCGCCGAUCUAACUGUGUCCAAUGACGAGGGUGAAUACAGCUAUGAUCUGCCAGCCAAUAAGGACGCGUUCAGGAAGACAUGGAAUCCCAAAUAUACCCUGCGAAGCCACUUUGAUGGAGUGCGGGCCCUGGCCUUCCAUCCUUUGGAACCGGUGUUGGUCACUGUCUCAGAAGACCACACCCUCAAACUGUGGAACCUCCAGAAGACAGUUCCUGCCAAAAAAAGUGCCUCUUUUGAUGUGGAGCCUAUAUACACGUUUAGAGGGCAUAUUGGACCUGUGCUCUCAUUGGCUGUGACCUCGAGUGGCGAGCAGUGUUUUAGUGGUGGAAUUGAUUCAACAAUACAAUGUUGGAACAUCCCCAGCUCUAAUGUGGACCCUUAUGACACAUAUGACCCCAGUGUGUUGGCUGGUUCAUUGUUGGGGCACAGUGAUGCAGUGUGGGGAUUGGCUUACAGUGGCAUCAAAAACCGGCUGCUCUCCUGUUCAGCUGAUGGAACGAUCAAGUUGUGGAACCCUCAAGAGAAGUUGCCAUGUCUUACCACAUUUAACUUCGAUAGAGAUCAUGGUAUUCCCACAUCCGUUGACUUCAGUGGGUGUGAUCCAGCUCAUAUGGUGGCCUCCUUCAACACGGGAGAUGCUGUCAUUUACGAUCUGGAGACCUCACAGCCUGUCAUGGUGUUCUCGGCACAGGGAGAGAGCGCUAUUCCGUUUGGAAAUCACAUUAGUAAAGUAGUCAGCCACCCCACUCUGCCAAUUACAGUCACAGCUCAUGAGGAUAGACACAUCAAAUUCUUUGAUAAUAAAUCAGGUAAAGCAAUCCAUGCAAUGGUGGCUCACUUGGAUGCUGUCACUAGUCUGGCUAUAGAUCCAAAUGGCAUCUACUUGAUGUCAGGAAGUCACGAUAGUUCCAUCCGCCUGUGGAACCUUGACAGUAAGACAUGUGUACAGGAGGUCACCGCUCACAGGAAAAAGUCGGACGAGGCCAUAUAUGACGUUGCCUUCCACCCAUCUAAGGCAUAUAUAGGAAGUGCCGGAGCUGAUGCCCUGGCCAAAGUUUUUGUAUAAAAGCCCUUGUCCAUACCUGAAUUAAUGCAUACAUUAAGACAGACAGAAAGAAGGAACUGCUUCACUGCCUUGUGUAACAAGAGUAGCAUUUCUCACACUACAUUGAUGUGGCUUCCACCACCACCAUCUACGGUGUCAAACUCACACCACACACACACAACGAUACCAGGUGCCAAGAGGGGGCCGUGCUGUUUUGCGAAGCAAGUGUGGAGUGCUCAUCAGUUUUAAUAUUUUUUUUUUUUCUCAAAGAAAAAAAAAUCACUGUAAUUUACUGUACGUCAAAGCUGGAGUGAAACCAGUGUUUGUAGCCUUUUGACUGGUUUUGAUCUGAGCUGAUAAUGUGUUCUGUAGGUAUGUUUCAGUGACCAUGGAGUGGUUAUCAUGUUCAUCAGUAGGUUUUCACCGACCUUCAUCCGGGGCACCUGAGGAACGGAGCCCUGCCCAUCCAGCCGAGCCAUAAACAUUACCCUAAUCUCAGUCACCCUCCUCAUCCUAAUGUAGCGUGAAAAGGAAUACAGUUUAAUGCUUCAACUCAGUCAACCUUUAGAGUUUGUUUCAUUUUUUUUCUGUAAAAAAAAAAAGAAAAAAAAAAAGUAUAGUUUUUAUAAUCAAUUUUAUAUAAAUAAAGACUGUCGUAAAACCGCUGAAAAUCACAAUGUUUUUAAAAGAAUGGACUAUAGUACCACUCAAGCCCUCUAUCUUAUCCAGUUCUCUUUCAUGAAUGGUCUUAUGUCUCUGGAAACCCCGGAUGGGUGCUGCCCUAACGCAUACUACUCAUUGCUUUAACGUUGUUUAUCACGUAAUGGAGAGAUUGUACGCUAGUAGAAGCACAGCGCGUUGUGCCCUGAGAGCUUUUAGGAAUCAACAAAUAAACCGGCAUCCUGUCACUAUGUGAUGUUUUUGUACACCUUACUGUAACUGAGUUUAAAUAUCACAGGUUAGAGAUUGGAACGCUAUUGGCUUAUUUAUUUCACUGUUUGUGGAUAGACUUAUCCUUUGUUCAGAUCAUAGCUCAACGGUUACUGUUAGAUUGGGCUGUUGCAAACAAAAUGGGGUAUGUUAUUCAAUCCAAAAAGAAAUGAACCUAUAGAUUUAUUAUUGUUAUAAAUGCUCUCUUUAAACAGAUAGUUUCUUAGUUGGCUGAUGAUGGGGUUUCACCCGAUGAUGCUGGCAAUCAGUACUUUGAAGCAGGGGGAGAAACCUUUUCUUUGUUCCAUUUUCAAAGUUAAAGGAUUUGAAUGCCUAAGCAUUUAUGAUGAAUUACAAUUCGUAAUAUUUGGUUUGGUUGUUCUGUCCCAACCUCUGUCUGUUUUUAAAAAGACAGUGCAGUUUAUGGUGUAACAAAAGACCUUUUUUGUGUGUGUAAUGCAUGAUUAAUACAAUAAAGUAUUUUUUAUAGUCUUCCAAAAGUUCUGAUCAGUUUGAAGAGUUUUGAUGAGUUUUGUAAAGGUUUUUGAUUUACUACUAAAUCAACAGAUUUUAAAGAUUGUACCACAUAACAAAACACAACUGUUGAAAAGUAAUGUAUAUAAAAUGUCUAUAAUAAAUAUUAAAUGGUGUAUCUGUA